AUGGCGUCCACGUCAAGUGCAGUAGAAACUCAAAAGAAGACAGAAGAGGCCAUAUUGGAGCACGUCAGGCUGCUGAUACAAGUGCAAUACUCUUCAAGACUGCCAGUGAGAUCCAAGCGCUUCAGAUGGCCCUCGGAUGACUGGCUUCUAAAAGUACAGGGUCCGCUUGCUCAAGCCUUGUUUGAUAGCGAGGAGACAGCGACGUUGGCCGAUACAAGCUACGACAAGACCUUCCUCAAGGCUCUGAUUUCCAGGAUUGAGCGGGCCAUUCAAGCAUACCAGGAAGAGGAGCAUGAAGUAGAUCCUCUUCUACUGGAACGGUACGCCGAGCUCAUGGCGAUGCCUUCUUCAUCCAGAUCUGCAGCUAUGAGUCUGAAUCCAAUGGACAGACUAUCCAGCUCGAUGCCAUUCAGUUCGCACGCGCCGCCACCUGACCGGAUGGUCGAGUACUGGUUCCCCUGCCGUAGCAAUGCCCAGGGUAGCAGCAGCAUCGAGGAUAUGUGGAGACGCAUACGUCUCUGUGAAGCCUCAUCAGCACUGGUCGGUUCGGGAACCACAGCGUGCAAGACGUGGGAGGCAGCAUUACGUCUGGCGUCACACCUGCUCUGUCACCGUGACGAGCUAGUGCAACCGGGCAGCAGAGUGCUUGAGCUGGGCAGCGGCACUGGGCUUGUGAGCAUGCUCAUGGCGUAUCUCAUGAGCGACAACGCAAUCGAAGAGGGUGCCAAGACAGCAGGCUCCGUCUAUGCCACGGAUUUGCCCGUCGUCGUCGCCUCCAAGCUGCAGCCAACGAUCGAUCUCAAUGAAGGGAUAUCGCGGCCGCAGCUAUGCUCAUUGGACUGGUCUGACCCCGAGAGCUCAUCGCAUCUUCUCGAAGACGUUCAGCCCACCCUGAUACUGGGCGCAGAUAUCGUCUUUGACCCGGACAUCUGCCAGCACCUCGUACGCGUCCUUUACGAUGCACUCCGGCCGCGAGCUUCGCAACCUUCAGACGGGUCUGAGCCAGCUCCCCAAGCUCUCAUAGCAAGCACAGUGCGCAAUCCGUCGACGUACUCGCGCUUCUUGGCUCUACUGGACGCGGCUGGGUUGCAGACGGAGGAGGUCAAACUGGAUCGUCUCGAAGUUGAGCCGCCGACAACAGCCAGCGGAGCCGAUCUGCACGGUGUCCCAACAAUACUGCCUUUCGACUCAGGGCACGACGAAGCCAUCGAAGGCGUUGUCAAGGGUCUGCGCAUCUGGCUCCAGUGA